AUGAUGUGGACAUCCAAAUCCAAACACCAAGCUACAGCAAAACAAUCAUCCUGGUUCAACAAGGGUACCAGGGCAAGCGGCGUGAAGAUGUUCAUGGUGCUCGCCGUCCUUGCUCUCGCCGCCGCCGCCUCCGCGCAGCAGAUCGGCUGGGAAUGGCCGCAGCAGGGCGCGUACGCCGCCGCCGCCGCGCUGUACCCCUGCGCCGAGUACCUGCGGCAGCCGCAGUGCAGCCCGGUGGCGGCGCCCUACUACGUCCGUCGUGGGCAGACGAUGUGGCAGCCGAGCGCCGUCUGCCAGCCGCUGCGGCACCACUGCUGCCACCAGCUGGGGCUGAUGGACGCCAUGUCCCGGUGCCAGGCCAUAUGCAGCGUGGCGCAGUCCGUCGUGCCGCAGCUGCAGCUGCAGGGCGCCGGCGGCGGCGGCAUGUACGAGCCGGCGGCGGCUCUGACGAUGCAGCAGUGGCGGCAGCUCCUGCCGCCGGCCGAGGCCCCCAUGGCGGUGGCGCAGGCCGCGCAGGACCUGCCCGCCAUGUGCGGCCUCUACCCGCUGCCCAGCUACUGCACCAUCCCCUGCGCCCUUUCGGUUGCCGCUCCUCCCUACUAUUAUUGA